CUUUCCCUCCAUUCAACUUUCAUUUCUUCUUACUGAUUUUCUCCAGUAAAUUCUUGUUCGUUCAUGGCGCCUCCUAACUUGUUCACUGAGAUUCAUUCCCAUAAUUCUCUCAAAGAGGGUGUUUCCACUUCGAGAUUUUCUUUGUCCCCAAAAGGAGAAAUCUCUGUAGAUGGGGUGACCCUUUUGUCUGACGUUCCAAACAACGUGAAACUUUCUGCUUUCUCUUCCAUUCCUCAUUUCUCCGAUGAUGAUGAUUCAAAACCACCAGAUUACAUGCUGAAGUCCGUUUUAUCCAAAUCCGAAAACGGAGCCUUCCUCGGAUUAUCCGUGAGGGAGCCCCAGGAUCGAAUCCUCAACCCCAUUGGGAAGCUCUUGAAUCGGAAGUUCAUGAGUAUUUUCCGGUUCAAGACGUGGUGGUCGACCAUGUGGAUUGGUUCAAAUGGCUCCGAUCUGCAAAUGGAGACCCAGGUGAUUCUUCUGCAAGUUCCAGAGUUCAACUCUUACGCCCUCAUUCUUCCUCUCAUAGAAGGGAGUUUCCGGUCGGCUAUUCACCCCGGUCCUGCCGGAGAAGUGGUGUUGUGCGUAGAGAGUGGCUCCACCAAAGUUAAGGGCAGUUCUUUCAGUUCUUGUGCUUAUUUUCACGUCGGAGACAACCCUUACGAUCUUUUCAGGGACGCUUUCGCCGCCGUUCGUGUUCAUUUGGGGACUUUCCGGCUCUUGGAGGAGAAAACUCCGCCGCGGAUUAUCGAUAAAUUCGGGUGGUGCUCGUGGGAUGCUUUUUAUCUCACGGUGGAGCCGGUCGGAGUGUGGCAUGGUGUUAAGAGCUUCCAAGAAAAUGGGUUUCCUCCCAGGUUUCUGAUCAUCGACGAUGGAUGGCAGAGCAUAAACAUGGACCACGAGCCCCCUCUACAGGACUCCAAAGAUCUAACGGGCCUCGGCUCACAGAUGCUCUGCAGGCUCUACAGAUUCAAGGAGAACGAGAAAUUCGCAAAGUACCAAGCGGGCGCAAUGCUAAAACUCCACUCUCCGAAAUUCAGUCAGGAGGAGCACGACAGGCGAUUCAAAGAGAUGGUUGCUCUCGCCAUGAAGAAGAAGGCCAUCAAGGAGGAAGGGGGCGAUGACUCGGGCCUUCCAGAGGCCACCAUCAUAGAGUACCUCAAGGAAGAAAAGGGGGUGAAGAGAGGGGGGCUGAAGGCACUUGUGAAUGAUUUGAAGGCAAAGUUUUCAGGGUUGGAUGAUGUUUAUGUGUGGCAUGCUCUGUGUGGAGCUUGGGGAGGGGUGAGGCCAGGGACUACCCACCUGGAUAACAAGGUCUGUGAAGCAACCAUAGCUGCAGGGCUUGAGAAGACCAUGUAUGAUUUGGCAGUUGUUAUGGUGGUUAAAGGUGGGAUUGGGCUGGUUAAUCCAAGCCAAGCUGGAGAUCUAUAUGAAUCCAUGCAUUCAUAUCUUGCUGAUGCUGGUAUCACUGGUGUGAAGGUGGAUGUCAUCCAUGCUCUGGAGUAUGUGGGUGAGGAAUAUGGCGGCAGAGUUGAGCUUGCCAGGGCAUACUAUGAUGGUCUGAGCCAGUCACUGAAGAAAAACUUUGGAGGAAGUGGCUUCAUAGCAAGCAUGGAGCAGUGCAAUGACUUCUUCUUCCUGGCCACAAAGCAAAUCUCCAUGGGCAGAGUUGGUGAUGACUUCUGGUUUGAAGAUCCUAAUGGAGAUCCCAUGGGAGUGUACUGGCUGCAAGGAGUCCACAUGAUCCAUUGCAGCUACAACAGCUUAUGGCAGGGACAGUUCAUACAACCUGACUGGGACAUGUUCCAAUCCGAUCAUCUCUGCGCUGAGUUCCAUGCCGGUUCAAGAGCAAUAUGCGGAGGACCGGUGUAUGUAAGCGAUAAGGUGGGGCACCAUAACUUUGAUCUUCUGAGAAAGCUAGUGUUGCCUGAUGGAACCAUACUCAGAUGCCAGCACUACGCCCUUCCCACCAGAGAUUGCCUCUUUGAAAACCCACUCUUUGAUGGCAAGACCCUCCUCAAAAUCUGGAACCUAAACAAGUUUUCUGGGGUUGUGGGAGUAUUCAACUGCCAAGGAGCUGGAUGGUAUCCGGAGGAGCACAAGUGUAAGGCCUACCCACAAUGCUACAAGGCCAUGUCUGGCUCGGUUUCUUCGGAUGAUGUUGAGUGGGAGCAGAAGGCUUCUACGGCAGAGUUUCGAGGUGCGGAUGAGUUUGCUGUCUACCUCAACAAAUGUGAUAAUCUACGGUUGGUGAAGCCUAAAGAGCAGAUCAACAUCACCCUCCUGCCUUCAACAUUUGAAAUAUUCACCAUCUCCCCAGUUCACAAACUUAGAAAGGGAUCUAAAUUCGCAGGGAUAGGCCUUGAGAACAUGUUUAACAGUGGAGGGGCAAUUGAAGGCAUGGAGUGUGGCUGCAUAGGAGGGCUUUGUAGUGUGAAGAUGAAGGUUAAGGGAGCAGGGAAGUUCUUGGCCUACUCAAGUGAGAAGCCAGGGGAGGUUGUUCUGAAUGGGGAAAAGGUGAAGUAUGAGUGGACAAGCAAUGGAAUUCUGAGUUUUGAAGUCCCAUGGACUGGUGGGGAAUCAUCUGAUGUUCUCAUUCUAAUUCACUAAGAUAUUGGUGUGGAAGUCCUGGUUUUCAAAGGGACCAUAGAAAUAUAGGGAAAUUGACAUAGCUUUUGGGAUUACAAAGAUGGGUCAUGGGUGUUUUCAUUUUUGUUCUUCUCUAAUAUGCAAAGUAAUAGAUUUUUUUUUUAUACCACAACUCUUUAGACAAAUAUUGUAUAUUUGAUCUAUAAUGAAUUAAAGCAUUUAUGGUA